ACACACCCGGGACGCCGCGGUUGGAGCGCUACUGGCGGUCGCGGCCAGGGGCGACAAGCAGGCCAUCGACGCUGUGAGCGCCCGCCUGGAGCACCAGGACGGCCCCGUACGUUCCACGGCUGUUGCGGCGCUGGCGGCCGUGGCCGAGGCUGGCGACGAGUACGCCGUGGCCGCUGCCAGGCGCCGGCUGCAGCAUCCAGAGCUCUGCGUGCGGCACGCGGCGUCGGAGGCGCUGGAGCUGCUCCUGCCCCGAGCCGCCCGCGCGCCGCUGUCGCCGUGCUCGGGGUCCAGCGGCGAGGCCUGAGCGGGCGCGGGGUGCGGAGGGGAACCCGGCCCUGCGCGGGCUCUGACGCGGGGGGCUCGGGCGCCGGCGGCCCUGGCUCGGCUGGGGCUUGGGCUCGGGCUCGGACUCGGGCUCGGGCUCGGGCUCGGGCUCGGGCUCGGGCUUGGGCUCGGGCUCGGGCUCGGGCUUCGGAGGCUCGGGCUCGUCGGGCGGCGCCGGUCCGCGGUCCCGCCGCGCUCUGGGGGCGGAGCGUGGGGCCAGUCGUUCCUGGUCCCUCGCGGUGGUUCGUGGUCGUGGCCAGGGUCGUUCGUGGUCGCUCGCGGUCGUCGCUCGUUCGUUUGGCGUUCGUGGUCUUCGUGCGUCGCUGUUCGUGGUCGUCGUCCGUCCGUCCGUCCGUCCGUC